CGUCACACUCGCACCAGUUUGAUUGAAUAAGGCGAGUGCAAUAGGAAUCUGUGCGCUCACUCUUUUAUCAGCUUUCAAGCUGACAUCACGUCACAUGCCAAGGCGUUCACUUUUUACAUGAGACGGGGUUAUACCUUUUAGCAUCAUAGACCUACCGAUACAUUUGUCAUGCAUCAGAAGAACACGCAUCCUUUCAAAAGUGCCAUCUGGCCUUUUUUCAUCUCUGCAUUUUUCAUUGUUUUUUUUAGCCGUGUCAAUUGUGCUCCUCGGUGCACCGCUUGCGCUGACAAGAAAGACUGUUUGCCUCCCAAGAAUUGCAUUUAUGGCGUAGUGAAAGACUAUUGCGGCCGGGAUAUCUGUGCAAAAGGACCAGGUCAUCGUUGUGGAGGAAAAUGGAAUAGUCUUGGGACGUGCGGAGAAGGACUUUUCUGUUCAUGCAACAGGUGUGGAGGAUGUUCCUUGAUUACAUUAGAAUGUUUCAACCUAACAUGCAUUUAGCAAUAAACGCAAAAACCAACCAAACCAUCAGCUACUCAACUCCACCAAAUAUUACUCCGUCACCAUUCUUGUGAACCGUCCUCGGAUACUGUACCCCUAGUAACGAGACAUGUGAUAUAAUAUUUUUUUAUUUUAUCCACAUUCUGCAUUACGCUUGUUCUCUAUAAGUAACAUUAUAUCAAAUAAAUAUUCCAAUUUCUUACUUG